AUGGAAGAGGAGAAAGGAGGAAUUGAUACGGUUGAAUAUGAAAUCAAGAAAGGACUUCCACCAAGAUUCCCAAGAACAAAAUCUGAUAUUUAUAUUACAAGGCAUACGAGUAUUGGCGCUCAAAAAGCACGAAUAGAAAAAUUGCUCGAUAAUAAAUUUAAUAGCGUUACACUUCAUGGAUUAGGCGCAGCAGUAAAUCGAACUGUUAAUGUGGCUUUACAAAUACAACGUAAACUGGUCGAUUCGGUUAAAUUGGAUGUUCGCACAAGCACAGUGAGAGUCACUGAUGAUUUGUUUCCUUUGUACGAUGAAGUCGACUUCAAAACGAAUGUACGAAAUAUUUCGGCAGUGCACAUAAAAAUAACACGUCUUCCUUAA